UGAUGACAGCUCGCCAAGUUGAGCGUGUGGUCAGCUAGCCGAAGCCGAAGAAGAGGGCGCGGGGGCUUCUUGCCUCGCCUUCGUCUGCCAUUUCCGCGGUGACGUUCAAUGAAGGCGCGUCGACGCUUUGGUUGAGUAUGCUCGUCACCGGCUUGGUACUCUCUUUCCAAGCCGUUUCGAACAAAUAGCACCAAGAGGAGGGGAGCUUUCUUCGCGCAACGGUCAACUCCUCCUCCGUCGUUUCGGGCUAGAGACGACUCGAGGUGCCCCGGAAUGGAAGUUGCAAUUUGACAGCGCCACCGGAGCUUAAAUGACAUUUCCCCGAUAUUUAGCUUCUCGAGCUCCGCGACACUAGCGGAAAUCAACGAGGCAUCACCAACAACCGUAGUAACACACUACUCCACUCCUCCUUUAAAAAAAAAAAAAUGUCCUUUUUCAAUUUUCGCAAGAUUUUCAAGCUAGGGCCCGACAGGAAGAAGAAGCAGUACGAGCACGUCCACCGAGACGUCAACCCCGAGGAGAUUUGGGACAUCAUCGGGGAUCUCGGAGAUGGAGCCUUCGGCAAAGUCUACAAGGCUCAGAACAAGGAGAACGGGACCCUUGCCGCCGCCAAGGUUAUCGACACGAAGACUGAGGACGAACUGGAGGACUACAUGGUCGAAAUUGACAUCCUGGCCUCCUGCGACCACCAUCACAUUGUCAAACUGCUGGACGCAUUCUAUUUUGAGGGGAAACUAUGGAUCCUGAUUGAGUUCUGUGCGGGUGGUGCAGUGGACGCCAUCAUGCUGGAACUGGAGAGGCCUCUGACUGAACCUCAGAUCCGUGUGGUGUGUAAGCAGACCCUGGAGGCCUUGGUCUACCUGCACGAGAACAAGAUCAUCCACAGAGACCUGAAGGCUGGCAACAUUCUCCUUUCCCUGGAGGGAGAAGUGAAACUUGCGGACUUCGGGGUUUCUGCUAAAAACACGAAGACGUUACAGAGAAGAGAUUCUUUCAUUGGAACGCCGUACUGGAUGGCGCCAGAAGUGGUGAUGUGCGAGACGUCCAAGGACCGCCCGUACGACUACAAGGCGGACAUCUGGUCCCUCGGGGUGACCCUGAUUGAGCUUGCGCAGAUCGAGCCGCCGAAUCAUGAGAUGAAUCCCAUGAGAGUGCUGCUGAAAAUAGCCAAGUCCGAGCCGCCCACGCUCAUGCAACCCUCCCGCUGGACACCAGAAUUCAACGACUUCCUCCGCAGAGCACUUGACAAGAAUGUGGACAACCGGUGGGGCCCGUUGCAGCUUCUAAAGCAUCCAUUUGUCGCCAGCGUCACAAACAGCAAACCUCUGCGAGAGCUCAUCGCAGAAGCGAAGGCUGAAGUCACAGAGGAGAUUGAGGACAGCAAAGAAGAAGAAGAGGAGGAAGAGCCUGAUACACCUGUGGCCGCUCCUGGACACAAGCGAGCCCCGUCAGAAGUUAGUAUGGCAAGCUCAGAGGAAGACAAAGUUCCGCCAACAUCAUCCACGCUGGAGUCUGUGACAGAAAAGACAGAGGCUGAGCCGGCUGAAGACGGGACCAGCGAUAAGCUCUCCGAUGAAGGUCUCGGAGCAAGUGAGCCUAAAAAGACGGAAGAGGAAAAACUCAACGAGGUGCCCGAGACCAGUAAUGAAGACGCAGCCUCUGGGCUGAUGGAGCCCGCCUCACCAGAGCCUACGGAGCCUAAGGGCCAAGCUGAUGAAAUUCCUGCUGAGCAGACUGCUUUGGAGGAAGACAUUAUAGAUGGAGUGCAGACAGCGGAAGAAACGGAGACGCGGGAAAAAAAAAUAAACGACUCUCCACAAGUAUUAGAACUUGAAAAAGAGCCUGAAGAGGUGGCCAAAGAAGAUGAGUCAAAUGAGCAAUUUAUUGGAUCUCCAGAAUCAGAAGAGCCACUUGAGGAUGCGCGUGCCAAACCAGAGUCUGCAUCAGAGGUAGAGGUAGAGGUCGAACAAGUGACUAAGCCAGACGAAAUGCUUCAGCAUGAACUGACCGAUAUGGCCAAUGGCACAGAUGUUAUUAUUGAGGUUGGAGGUCAUGCAGGAGCACACACAGUGGGAGACACAGAAACGGAGUUGAGUAGGGACGAGUCUCUUCCGGAAAAGCCUGAGAAGAAGAUUUUUGAGUCACCUGAUCAGCACUCACAGACCAUUGAUGAGGUCAAACCUUCAAAUGGAGUGUGUGAUGACACUAUCAACACCUCGGAGGAUGCGGGGCCAGCGCUCCCGACUAAGGAAGACGACGAAGCGACGCUUGCAGAAGAGGGUACGAUCCAUAGUGAAACCGACUCUGAGACGAAGACGGAGCAGGGAAGUCCCGCUGUGAGCCAGCAGGACCUGGAGAAGGACUCUGACUCUGGAAGCAACUCGGCUGCCGACAGCGGCAGCCUGGACCUCAAUCUGUCAAUCUCCAGCUUCCUAUCAAAGAGCAAAGAGGGCGGGUCAGUGUCUGUACAGGAGUCAAAACGGCAGAAGAAGACCCUGAAAAAGACGCGCAAGUUCAUGGUGGACGGCGUGGAGGUCAGCGUGACGACGUCUAAGAUAGUGACAGAUGACGACGCCAAGAAUGAGGAGAUGAGGUUCUUGAGGCGGCAAGAGCUACGAGAGCUGCGCCUGCUGCAGAAGGAGGAGCAGAGAGCUCAGCAGGAGCUCAGCAACAAGCUGCAGCAGCAGAGAGAGCAGAUAUUGCGGCGUUUUGAACAGGAAACGACAGCUAAGAAGCGACAGUACGACCAGGAAGUGGAGGGCCUGGAGAAGAAGCAGAAGCAGACCAUCGAGCGCUUGGAGGGGGAUCACACCAGCCGGCUGCGGGAUGAAGCUAAACGCAUCAAAGGGGAUCAGGACAAGGAGCUCUCCAAGUUCCAGAACAUGCUGAAGAACAAGAAGAAAGAGGCGAAACAGGAAGUUGGACAGUCACCUAAACACAUGCGAAAAGAGCUCAUGAAGCGUUUAAAGGCGGACCUAACGCUUCUUAAGACGUCUGAGGCGGUCGCCCAGGUUAUGAUACAGUCUUUUCAGUUGUCCUCAUGCGCACUCUUCAAUGCUCAGAUGCAGGAUGAGCAGGAGUUCCUCCAGAAGCAGCAGCAGGAGCUAGACGGGGAGCUUAAGAAGAUCAUCCAGCAGCAUAAAGUGGAGAUUGCCACCAUUGAGAGGGAUUGCCUCAACCAUAAGCAACAGCUGAUGAGAGCUCGGGAGGCGGCCAUGUGGGAGCUGGAGGAGCGCCACCUGCAGGAAAAGCACCAGCAGCUGAAGCAGCAGCUGAAGGACCAGUACUUCCUUCAAAGACACCAACUCCUCAAGAGGCACGAGAAGGAGAUGGAACAGAUGCAGCGCUACAACCAGCGUCUGGUCGAGGAGAUGAAGAACAAGCAGAACCAAGAGAGGGUCCGCCUGCCCAAGAUCCAGCGCAGCGACGGCAAGACUCGCAUGGCCAUGUUCAAGAAGAGUCUCCGGAUCGCCGCCUCGGCCGUCAUCACCCCUGAGCAGGAGCGGGACCGCAUUAAGCAGUUUGCUUUUCAGGAAGAGAAGCGGCAGAAGAACGAGCGUCUCCACCAGCACCAGAAACACGAGAACCAGAUGAGAGACCUUCAGCUGCAGUGUGACUCCAACAUCAGAGAGCUGCAGCAGCUACAGAAUGAGAAAUGUCACCUCCUGAUUGAGCACGAGACCCAAAAGCUGAAGGAGUUGGAUGAGGAGCACUGUCAGGAGAUCAAGGAAUGGAGAGAGAAGCUCAGACCCAGGAAGAAGGCGCUGGAGGAGGAGUUCACGCGGAAGCUCCAGGAACAGGAGGUCUUCUUCAGAAUGAGCGGCGAGUCGGAAUGCCUUAACCCCACAGCUCAGAGCCGCGUGUCCAAGUUUUACCCCAUCCCGCACGUGCACAGCUCCGGCUUGUAGCCAUCCCUCAAAAACGGCUACAGUAUUGUGCUUAGUUGGGAGAAUGCUGUUUUUUCUUUUGUUUAUUAGGGUUUUUUUUUUAAAGCAUGUUCUGAUUUUCAAAGGUCGUACAGGUUACAUUCGAGUGCCUCCUUUUCUUUUUCAGUUGCAUUUUUUUGUUUAUUACAGUCCACACCCUCUCCAACCAAUGAGUGUCUCGCUCACCAUCACUGAACAAUGAUUUAAUUCCGUGGUUGCACCCUGUGAUGACUCCUCCAUUCAUUUCACCACGCGAGUGCCGACUACUUCCUGGAACCCAUAUAUAGAGUGAAGGCUGUCAAAUGCAUAUCAAAGGAAUGUAAACUGUUGCUGUCAAUUUUGCACUUUUUUUUUUUUUUCUGUUACAUUAGCUGAAAGAAUAUGCCGUAUGAAUCGUUUGGAUUUUAUCAUCUGCUUUUAUGAUUAUAUGACCACUGUCUGUUGUCUAAUCAUACAUUCCUGCUAUACACAGAUGCUGUAAUUCAGGGGUGGGGAACCUACACCCCAAAAAGCCCCCAAAAUAUGAAACCAAUAACUGCGCAUAAUAUAUAAUUUGUUCAUCUUACUUUUUCAUGAAUAUUAAGGCCCUCGUAGGACUUCAUAAGAACUCAAACAAGAAAAAGAAAGCUACAAGUGAUGACUUGUUGAAUGAAAUGGCUGUAAUAACUAUCAUCAUCCGCUGUUCUCAAAAUGGCCUAAACUUGAUUAAUUUAUACCUUGUCAUUUCCGCACUGCUCGAAUUCUCAUCAUGCUAGUAACAAAUGCUGGAUUUUAAUUUGGGUUUAACACCAAACAUACAUAGUGAUAUAUUUUUUCAGAAUUUUAACUCGCAUUUGUAAAGUCUCACCACCUCAAUGAAAAAAAGUAUAUAUGCAGUUAUAUUGUCUGAUCAAAUGCAUUGGAAACGUCAAUGGACAUAUUAGUUGUAAAUAAAAAGUAUUCAUGUUUU